AUGGCAAUCAGGAGACAACAGACAUCCAACAUCACGGUGUUCAGGCGGACAGGUCCCGCGGCCGUCACCUACGACCUUUCAAGCGCUGAUUGUGUGACGAUCACUGUGCCUGUUGGUUCUACUUGGACUUCUGGUCCACACUGGCACGAGACUCACACCGAAUUUCUCCAGAUUCUGCAAGGACGCGCCUUUGUCAAACUCGGGGCUCGAUCUGGGGUCUAUAGAGCGGAGGACGGUGCGAUCGAAGUACCGAGAUAUACAGUCCAUGAAUGGCACCGGGUUGCAGGUGAUGACGACGGGGAAGACCUAGUGGUCCGAGAAUGGACCAUGCCUAGAGACGGUCAAAAGGAGAUCUUUUUCCGGAUGCUCAACUCGUUCCUGACAGAAGCUCAUCCCAGCUCCUUAUACACAUCGCCCGCCAUGAUCCCUCGAUGGGUUACGAAGUGGGUUGAGCACUGGAUCGUGGCAUUGCAGUUGUUUUGCAUAUUUGACUCGUGGGACAACUGGCCGGUAUUGAUUGGAAAUGACAAUGGAUGGCUUAGUUGGGCGGUCACACAUUUGGUGUUGAGAGUGGCAUCGGCGAUUGCAUUUGUGCUUGGACUCCGAGGGACAUAUAGUGCAUAUGUCAAUGACGAGCUGCUGCAGAGAGCCUCGCAAGAUAACGGCCCAAAGAAGACAAGAUGA